UCACCACUGAAAUAUCAUAGUUUGGCAUGGAGACCCCUUACACAGACCAUCUGACGUCACAUGAGUACGAACACGUCUAUGAACCUGCAGAGGAUACAUUUCUCUUAUUAGAUGCAUUGGAGGCUGAUUUAACAUUUCUUGAUAACUUGCAGCCUCGUCUCUGCCUUGAGAUAGGGUCUGGCAGUGGCGUUAUUAUUACAGCCUUAGCCAAACGAUUCUCCCAUGGUGCCCUCUGCCUAGCCACAGACAUAAAUGAGCAUGCCUGCAACGCCACGAAAAGCACGGCUAAUCGCAAUGCCACGAAAGUAGAAAGCAUUCGCUGCAACUUAGCCAGCGCUCUCCGUACGCGCAGUGUCGAUGUGCUACUCUUUAAUCCGCCAUAUGUAGUGACUAGCGAUGAGGAAUUGCAUAACCAACUAUUUGAGGCCAGCCCGGAGAGUCGACACAUCAACAUGUCUACACAACGCAACCUAGUCUCUUCAUGGGCCGGUGGGAAAGAUGGGCGUCGCAUUACAGACAUCUUAUUACAGCAAUUGAAUGACAUUCUAUCGCCGCAGGGCGUUUUCUAUUUAUUACUCCUACGCGAGAACAAACCAGAUGAAAUUAUCGAUAAGCUAGUUAGUCUUAACUUUAAGGCUGUCAAGUAUAUGGAACGUCGUAUUCCCGGCGAAUAUUUGUACAUAUUAAAAAUAACUAGAUCUUAGUUCACCGGCAGUAUGUUAUACAAUAAAUCGGUGACUUGAAUUUGCAAUAGUAUACAUAUAAACAAAUGAAUUGGGAAUAGCUAAAAGCUGAAUACUGUAACUAUCCAAAUCAAAAAUAUUAGUGAUUGCCUAAAUCACCACAAAAUUUCGUUUCUAUCUCUGUGGCCGAAGGAUGAAAGAAACAAAACCAUAGCGCAUGAAAUUCAAAAUAAACAUUCAAACCUGGAAAAACUAAAAAUGCAGAAGUGUAGUGGCAUAUUUUGAAUUUU